AUGGACGAUCAGAUGCUCAUGGAGCUCUUGGCUCUGGGCAUCGAUGCCAAGAUGUCAGUGCUGGCGAAUGACGCCUACGAGAAGAACUGUGGGAUGAUCUUUGAGUAUGGCCACACCGUCUCCCACGCCAUCGAGAAGGCGUAUGGCGAUGGUGUGAUUCCCCAUGGCUUGGGGGUGACCUACGGGAUGCUCUCCAGCUCCUAUGCUGCAGAGAAGAUGGGCAUUAUGUCCAAGGAGGCCCGCUGUGAGCACGACGACCUCUGCUACUUGCUGCUGAGGCGCUGGCCUUUGCCAGAGCCCCGGCCCUCUGCGGAGGUCGUGAUGAGCCUGGCGAUGCGGGACUCCAAGCGCGGCAUCACCUCGGAGGCCGAGGACGAGAUCUCCGACGUGCUGCUUCGAAGUAUGGGGGACAUUGUGCCCACGCCCACCAGCAUGUUGUCCAAGUUCCCGGCGAAGUUCGUAGAGGCGAGUCGAAGUCUUCGAUGGAGUCUUUUUGGAUGGGGCUGA